UGGGUGCAGGAGUCAGUGGUUGAGAGAGUGGAAAAUUCAUUUCUUGAGAAGACCUGUGAAAGAAUCCAACAUUCAGUCGAGAUGUGCUCCACGAUGUCGUUGUUGGUGCUUUUAAGCAUCAUAGGAUGUGUUGAACUGAUCAAGGUCAGCACUCCGCACAAAUAUGUCAACGUUACAAGGGGAACAGAUGUCCUGCUGCCAUGUACGUUUGUGACUUCUGCGCCGGACACAAAAAAACUCAACAUCCAGUGGGACUUUGUUGCAACGUCCUCAGCGAUACCAAAGCCGGUGUAUUACUAUCUAUCUGGAACCGUAGACAUUGCAACAUCUUAUGAGGGCCGGGUUCAGCCUCCCUUCUCUCCCGCCACGACCAAAAAUGCCUCCAUCAUAAUAAGGAACAUACAACCAUCAGACACCGGCGUGUACAGCUGUCAGGUUCACAACCUUCCUGAUUUUGAGGGAGUAUCUGAGGCCGAUAUCUUUGUGCUUGUUUUCGAGACUCCCUCGACUCCUUAUUGCUCCGUCCACGGGGACGUGGAGUCGGGACACCUGGUCACUCUGACCUGUCACAGCGAGCGCGGCAGCCCCCCCCCGACCUACACCUGGAUCAGACUGGACCAGGCCAGGACAAGGAGGCCUGUGAUGGGAAGAACGACCGAUACUGGAAUUCUGGAAAUCAGAAACAUAUCCCAGUUUGAGUUUGGGGAAUACCAGUGCAACGCUACAAAUGGAGAGGGAUUUUCAACUUGCACCUUAGAGUUAAAUCAUGAUGUGGGAGAUGGAGUGAUUGCCGGCGCAGUGAUUGGUGCGUUGCUCGGGUGUGUCCUUAUCGUCCUGGUUGUGUGGUUCAUCGCUCACACAUUGAAGAAACACAAAUACAAAGCGAUCAAAGCCUCAGAGGGCAACGAGAUGAUGAGGAGCUCUACUCAGGCCCCAGAAGCCUCAGAUAGCGUUACCAUGGCAACUACACCCAGCAACCUCCAUGCUGAGGGGGAUGGGCCCAAGGCCUAAAAAAAGAGCUGGAGAAAGAGCUCCUGCAGAUACGUCACUACACUGAACAACAGGAUCUCCAGCCCUCAGCACACGUCAUUCUCACAUUUAAUCAUCAUUAUGUCCAUGCUCAUUGUCGUGUAUGAAUUAGAAUUUUGUUACAUAUUUUCUUAAUCAAAAAGUUAAAUUGCAAACCAACACUUUUACAGCUUUUUUAAUAUAUGUUUUACUUUAAAUUGGCUUGAUUGUAUAGACACAAUGUUUGUUGACCAUUUAACCUAAUGUCCUUAAAACCAUGUUGAUGAGCCCUGCAUUGGAUAUACAAUCUACUUUAUAAAUAGAACUUUUUUACAUUACAUUACAUGUCAUUUGUUAGACGAUUUUAUCCAAAGCGACUAACAUACAUUGAGUACUGUGGACAAUCCCCACAGGAGCAAUUUGGGGUGAAGUGUCUUGCCCAGGGACACAACGACAUGCUGACUGGAGUGGGACUCGAACUUGCUAUCCCCUGAUUCGAAGUCCAUCACACUACCCACUGAGCCACAGCCGCCCUGAAACUUGAAUUUAUUGUGUAAAAUAGAAAAUUAAAGUAAAUCAACUUGACGGUAGAAUUUGCAUCAUGCAAAUUAUCAGUAUGAGUAUUUUUAAAAUAAAUAGGAUAAUAGUUCAAGAUUCAAAUCUUUCAAAUGAUAAAAGUCUUAUUAUAGGAUUGUUUGUCUUUACAGUGGAUGGAUAUGACAAUUUAAUUUGGUUAAGCAUAAAUGUAAUACAGACAAAUGCAGCUGUGAUGAUGUAUGACAA